GGCGCCCGCGCGCGGCCACCGCCCUACACCGGCGUCUGGCUGGGCGAGCGGAAGAUCUGCGCCAUCGGAGUCCGCUAUGGAAGACACAUCACAUCCCACGGGCAGGCCCUGAACUGUUCCACAGACCUCACGUGGUUUGAGUACAUUGUGCCCUGCGGGCUGGUCGGGACAGGCGUCACUUCCCUGAGUAAGGAGCUCCAGAGGCACAUCACUGUGGAUGAAGUAAUACCACCUUUCCUUGAGGCCUUUAAGGAGACCUACAAGUGCACCUUGGUCUCUGACGACAGUACCAACUGAAAGGCAUUCAUGUUAUCACAGCCAGGAUCCUGGUCCUACCUUGGAAAGUACCAAGCCUGACUUGGAGUCAGUGAAACCCAGAUUCUAGAUUUGGGCCUAUCAUUCACUCACCAUGAGACUAUGGGCCAAGAGCUCUUAGCCAUUGUCUUCAUGUGUAACCUGAUUUAUUUAUAUCUUCCCACCUACCUCAGAUAUAGAAAUGAAAAUGUGAAAAGUAAUACAUGCUUUUUAAAUAAAAUGCAUUACCACUACUAUUGAUAUCA